GUUCUUUCCCUUCCCUUUCACUUUUAUUCUCUUUUCCUCUAUUUUCUUUCUAUUCCGUCUCCAACUUUUCCCUUUUUACUCCCUUUCUCUCUCUUCUUGUAUUUAUUCACAACCAGAACCUUCUAGAAUUACCAUUCAUCCUCCGCUCUCUUUCUCUCUCUCUCAACAAUUAGAUCUGUGCUGGGAUUUUUCAACUGAAUUAACGUCUGAGCUAUGGCUCCGCCGCCGGUGGAUCGGAACGGUGGAGGUGAAUCGACGGCCGGUGAUACGCCGAGGACGCUUCCGACGCCUUUUUUGACCAAAACUUAUCAGCUGGUGGAUGACCAUGCCAUCGAUGACGUCAUCUCCUGGAACGAGGACGGAUCUACUUUUAUCGUUUGGAAUCCGACGGAGUUUGCUAGAGAUUUGCUGCCAAAGUAUUUCAAGCACAAUAAUUUCUCGAGUUUUGUCAGACAACUCAAUACCUACGGAUUUAGGAAGGUUGUGCCUGAUCGGUGGGAGUUCUCGAAUGAAUGCUUUCGAAGAGGUGAGAAAAAGCUUUUGUGCGAUAUUCAGCGCCGGAAAAUCGUGACGGCAUCAUCGACCGCGGUGGCGACGCCAUCUGCAGCGGUUGCUGUACAACCGUCUCCGGCAGCGCCGCCGCGGACGGUGUCUCCGUCGGACUCAGGUGAGGAGCAAGUAAUUUCCUCCUCGAAUUCCCCCGCCACCGUCCGGGAGUUCAGCGGCAGCACAGCGGAACUGAUUGGAGAAAACGAGAGGCUGAGAAAAGAAAACGUGCAGCUCAAUAAAGAGUUGAGCCAAAUGAAAAGUUUAUGCAACAAUAUUUACGCUUUGAUGUCAAAUUACGCCAGCAACAACAAAAAUGACGGCAGCAACGAUCAUCAAGGGCAUAGCUGUAAAUUAUACUUGGCGGAAAACGCGGUGAAGCCGUUGGAUCUACUACCAAUGACGAGAUUUUGCGAAGAAAUGCAAACCGCUGUGGUCGCGGCGGCGGCGGCGGCCAACGGCGGAGAAGAAAGUCACAUCAGAUCGGCGGCGGAGGAAAUAAGCGCGAGAUUGUUCGGGGUGCCGAUCGGUAUGAAACGCGGGAGGGAAGGCGAGGGUAGCUCGGGAGACCAUGAGAUGGAUUUGCAGCUACAGCAGCCGGGUGGGGAUAUUAAAUCCGAGCCAUUGGAUCAAGAAAACAGCGGCACUGACCAGGAAACAUCGUGGUUAAAACGGAGUAACUCUAGAAAUCGGAAGGUGUGCAAUUGAUGUAGGCGUUGGGUGGGAGGAUGGGGAUUAGUGUAGAGGAUUAGAUCCGGUAGAAUAAGAUAAGAUUAGCGUAGAAGGGUCUGUGAUGUACGAGGAGAGGCACGUGCGAAAGAGGUUCACGUGCACGUGCCUCGGUAACCUUUUGCAAAGUAAGUACCCCCCGAUCAGGAAGGUUCUCUUAGUCCUUUAUUCUGAAUUAUUAUAAUUUCAUUUAUUUUAACUUUUGCAUAAGGAGGGUGCCAAUUAUACUAUCUUAUUACUACAUAUGUUAGGUAUGUUGCUUCUUGUGAUAACUAUGUACUAAGAACGGACAUGGAUCUGCUUUUGUAUAGUGUCGCUGGACUGUGUUUGGAUCACUUCUUGUAAAGUUUUCUUCCUUUUUUUUUUUU